AAAUUAUCAGUGCGAGAGUGAGACAGUACUGAGAGUGAGUGAAAGAUAUAUCAAAACUAUCUCUAUUAAGCAUUACAAAAACAACUCAUCUUCUUCAGUUUCACACUACCAAAUAUUGUUUAAUUCUUUCAAAAUUUCUCUCAUUUUUCAAGCUUCUUCAAUGGCCACUCCACUAGCUUACCUUCUCAUGGCCAACAGACAAGAACAACCCACAAAAACCCCAUUAAAACCAGACCCGCCGCUAGCUUCUAACCGUGGGAGAAAGCCCAUGAACAACAAAGACAAAGCUCGUAAGAAAAUCCCACAGAGAGGAAUGGGUGUUGCUCAGCUUGAACGGUUAAGGCUCCAAGAAAAUUUUAAAACCAUUCAAGAAAGUACCAAGCUUGAGUCUUUUAGCAACGUUGUUCAACCCUCUCAUUCAACUUUGUCAUCUGUGCCCGACCCGAUCCAUAGCUUUCCCGUUCAUUAUGCGGUGAACUACGGUGGUGUGCCGCCAUUUGUGGUUCCUAAUCCGUAUGUUAAAGUUCUGGUGGGAAAUGAGAGUGGUGCUAUUUCUGUGUAUGAGAACUCUAUUAAAGAGCUCUCUUCAAUCCCAAAGCUUAUCCACCAUUAUCAGCCUACUAGUACUCCCACAUCGGAUUUCUGGUUCAAGAAUUUCAAUGGAGAAAAAAACACAACGACAAGAACAGAUCAAAAAUUUCCAGAAAUAACACCAUUAAGAUCAAAUCUUGACUUAAAUCAUCACCCAAAUGGAUUUGAAGCUAGAGCUGCAAGAAGUGCAAUUUAUCACCACAAUUUCAAUGAUGGCACAGAAGCAUCAGCAAUCCACAGAAAACCAAACAAAAACAGUGGAAAUAUGGUAAUGGAGUAUGAUUUUUUCCCAAGUGAUAAAAAAAGCUUCAAAGAAAUGGAAUUUGGUGUAGCAGAAAGUUCAGUUGGUGCAGCUUCUUGUCUUACAUAUUCUGAUCACAGUGGUGCUUCAUCUUCUUCUUCAUCAUCAUAUUCCAAUUCCAUUGAUUUGUCCCUCAAGCUUUCUUACUAGAAACAAUUAGUUAUAUCUGUUUUUGUUUAGAUGCUUUUUGAUAUCUGUGUUCUUGAUUUACUACUGAUCACUACUGCCCUAUUAUACCCUAUACAGUUAGCUAGCUAAUUAUAUGAUCUUUUUGGUUUACAAUUUGUUCUUGGGCUAAUAGACCUGUAAGAAUACUGCAAUUCUAUGCUCUUUCUUUAA